GGGCAAUUGUUCUGGAGUCCCUCAUUGGUCUGAAGGCGCGAGGGCUGGGCAGGUAGACACGCCCACCUUCUGUCCAAGCGCGCGUGCGGAGCGUCGAGGUGGCUGUCUGCGCGAGCGCUCGGAGCGACUUGGAAUCGCCUGCCCUUUAGGAGCGCGCAAUCUGGGCGAGCCAGGGAGGCGUUGGAGUGCUGGCCACGGUUUGAUCCUUGGCGCGGGAAGGCAAGUUUGGGAGGGCAGUGAUUUGCUGCUGAAGAUAAGCAAAAGCUGUCAAACAGUACAUGAUGGAGAUGCAAGUGGACCCAGAGCCUGCCCAUGAUGUCUACAACUUCAGAGGAGACGAUUUGGGUGAUUCCAGCUGUAUUUCUGAUUGGAUAGGUAAUAAAGCCAGCCUUCUGCUAGAAGUAGAGGAAGACUACUUGCCACACUCAGGUUCUGAUGCACUUCCAGAUUGGGCAGAUCUCCCUCUAGAACCACACUCUGAACAAGGAGAAAGUUCUUCAACAGCAACUUUGAAAGCAUCCACCUACCGUCGACAGUGGGAUUCAGCCACCCCUGGUGUAUACAUCCCUGCUGGCACUAGUUAUAGUUUGCAUUAUGAAGGUAAGAAUCUGGAACUCCAGGCUUCUGAGCAUUCUAAGAGUCUUCAGGGUGUAAGUAGAGAGGAGGAGAAUUUCAUCAUCCUUGUUGACUCUUCUGAUGAUGAGAAUCUGCUGCCCCAGCUGGGCAAAGAUUUGCCUUAUUGGUGCAAGAAGUGUGGCAAAUCGUUGCAAGAUCUCAGUAGGAUUCAGGAACACAAGCAGUUACAUGCGGUUGGGAAUUCAUACCGGUGCCCCCUUUGUGGCAAAGAGUUUUUCCGUGCGGCCAACUUACGAAUGCACAAAUUAACCCAUUCCACAGAGAGGCCACACAAGUGCCCAGUAUGUAAGAAAGGUUUCAUUCGUACUGCUGAUGUUUGGAGGCAUCUCCGCAGCUUGCACAAGGUUGAGCGCUCCAGUGUUGCUUUGGGAAGUGCUAAUAUAAAGAAUCACUGGUCUAUAGUGCAGAAGAAUGUGGAUGCUACCUGGCACCCUGAAAAGCCAAACUCUGCUGUCAGAAAGCCUGAAGAAGCAAGUUCAAAAUGCUACCUCUGCCCAAUAUGCAGCAAAGGUUUCAGUAAUCCUAACUUGCUUUCCAAACACAAAGUGAUCCAUCGACAAGAAAAGCCAUACAAAUGCAAAGAAUGUGGCAUGGCCUUUGUCCAACUAACCAGGUUGAAAAGGCAUCAUCAGACACAUACCGGAGAGCGCCCUUUCUACUGUGAAGAUUGUGGUAGUACCUUUACCCGCCUAAGUUCACUGCAGCGUCAUCGACGUGUCCAUACUGGAGAGAAACCCUAUUCUUGUCCCAACUGUAGUCUGUCAUUUGCAGAAUUAGGAACUUUAAGGAGACAUGAGCGGAUUCACAGAGUUGUCCAAACAUAGCUUUUAUCACACUGAGGUGGUUGUUGUUUUACUUGCCUACAAAUAUCGAGAAAUUGUCCCUUAACAUUCCAAAUAUACAAACUGUAGCUUGAUCAACACAUGUAGCAGGAUGAUAUGGUGAAGACCUCAGGUGACAGUAGACUGUAACACUUCAGGUUGCAGGUCUGCUCACCUGAGAAGCUCCUUGCUGGGGGCUUGGGUGCAGCCUUGCAGGAUGACACACACAUAUACACACACACGAAAAAGUGUAGCCCCAGUCUGCAGGAUGAAGUAGUACAAUUCUACCACCUCAUUGUGCUACAUGUGUAGAUCCAGCUUAGGUGAUUACUCCUUCCCUAAGCUUCACUCUUACAAAGUGAAUGCCCUGAUAGUGUCACAGUGCUUCUUCAUGCUUAAAUUUUGUGUCAAGUUGAUUCAGGCUUUCAUUUAAGCCCUUGCCUGGUAGCUGUAGACCACAAGGAAUUGCCAGAGGUCAUAUGGUGCACUCCACCCCACAGCACAGAAAUCAAGGGGCUUGUAAGAGAAGGGAAGCCCCUUCCUCUUCCAUGCUUUGCAUAGAAAUGCAGUAGGCUGUUGGAGGAGAGCUAUCUGUACCUCUUCUGCCAGCCACCAGGAGGCUAGAACAUUUUUUUGCAGGCUACUAACUUUCAUUGGCUUUUGUACAAGGCUGCAUUGAUCACUCAUCACUAGAUGACGGUCAGCCAAAUGUGUGGAUCAUUGAACAGUAUUGUGCUUGAGCUGUGUUAAGAAAGUUUUGCCUGUGGUAAUUAAUCUGUGAUGGUGCAUUCACAGAUGCAAGUCAUCCCUACAUGUAUAUGUGAACUGACCCAUAAAUCAAGAGUCUGAAGGGGCUUUAGGAGGUCACUUCAUUUCCUGGCAACAAUGGCAUUAUGUAGACUGGAAGCAUUUCUGUGAAAUGGUCAUAUGUUCGUCUUUCAAUCUCCAGGGAGGAAGAUCCCACAACAUCCUUCAGCAACUUGUUCAAGUGCUUUCUAGUUCUUGUAUGCAGGAACUACUUUCUUGAUAUGCUACCUAAACCAUCAUUUACAACAUGAGCUUGUAGAUUCCUUGUUUUUCUCAAUGGGUUUGCCAACUUUUUAUGUGAGUUUAAAUUUCUGUAAUGCCAAACCUCAUCUCUACCCCACCCUCGUUUUUCCUUUAUGUUACCUAGACUCAAACAUGCACAGUUCUUCAGCUGAGAAUAAAAAUAAAAUUGUCACCAUAUAAUUAAACUAUAGUCUUCCCCCACCCCCGCUUGGGAGGAACUGGACAAAAUCAGACUUCAGAUGAUAGCCUCAUUUUUCAUUUUGAACAGGCAGCUAUUGGGAAGACACUUUGGGUUCGGACCUAUGUUUUUCUGGGGAACAGUUAAGUAGCUCCUUCCUGUGGUGCUGGGGUGAUGUGAAGAGCAAUCCCGGAAUUCCUUCCUGCAUGAGCAUUGCCACAGUUUUGAGAGGUGUGGUACUGCUGUGGGGAGGAGGAGAUUCUCACAUCAUCCUAAUGAUUUGGGAAGGAGAUCAGCUUCUACACUGCCAGUGCAACACAAGAAGUGGAGCCAAUAUAGUAACAGUGGGCAUGGCUGUAUUUGAACUCCUCUACACAGGAGGAUAUAUUUGAACCAGGCUUCACUACAUUAAUUGGAUUAAAUAUUAUUCGUAGGAUUGCUGUGGUCUUGUGGCCAGAUCCACACUGUUGCUGGGGGAGGGGGACAGAUUGCAAUGUCAGGGUGAUACAUACUGGUAAACGUUGGCCUUGUUCGGUUGAUGAAUUCCUGGCUUGAUAAAGCAAGACUGGAGGAAUUGUUGGACUCCAUCUUCCAUCAUUACCCUUGCUGAAGAGGCUGACAGGUGUUGGAGUCCAGCAACAUCUGAAGAGCUACAGGUUCUCUAUCCCUGUUCCAAAGCAUAGUUCAGCAAGCAGGAAUGAGGGCUGAGACAUGUGCUCCUUUGCACAAAGGAAGGAAAGUGGGAAUAGGUGAAGGAGUGAUGCAUUACUUGUUCUCAGCUCCUAAGUAUAGCAAGCUGGGAAUUUAGCAUCUGAACUGGGCCACUGUCCUUAAGGCAGACAUGGAGGUGAGAGAGAGUGCUGAGCUUGAAGCUCCCUUACUGUUGCAUUUGCUGUUAUAGGAGAAAAAGUCAUAUCAGAUCUGUAGCUUGCAUCUCAGGUGAGUGGACUGUGUCUUGCUGUGUUCUGGGUAACAAUCCAUAUAGUGGUGCUUGGAAAGUAAAGGCUAGUCCUCAACUUUACUUUGCCAGAAGAAGAAAA